ACAUGUAAGAACCACGCGACUCGAUCUUGAACUAUUCCUCUCUUCUCUCUCCAUUUCUCUGUUAUUCGAUUCUCCUACCGAAUUAUUUUCUAAUUAUUUGACCACUUACCUCGUUGCACUGGUUGCCGAGUCUAUGUACAUUCGACACUUUCUUUUCUCUACGCACACAUUUGUUUUUGUGAGCAUUCACGCCACUUUCAUUGGCCAUUGCCAUACGACCUCAGACUCUUGCCUCUCUACGUAUCUUCACGAACCUUAUCCUCGCAUCAGCACCCGUUUAACGAAGACCCACCAUGUGCACCGAAGUCUACAACCUCUUUGGCGAUACCAGCUGUCAACACAAGGAAUACCAGAACACUUUCCCCUGUCACGUAGCGAAGAGGUGCGGUGCAGGCGAUGACCAACUACUACUCAAGGAGACGGUGUUCCUCCCCACCCGACCACCGAAUGUCCCGCCAGGCCUGCUCGGCUGCAAAGUUCGCAAAGCCACGAGACCGGUGGCAGGGAAGUGCCGAGACUGCACCCGAGGGCGAACACAGGCCGCGGACGGCAGCACUAGCAACAGUUUGACAAUGCGGUCGUCGACACCUGUCUCGUCAACGAACUCGGUGAAGUCGACCGCCCGCAGAUUGUUCACGCCGACCCCGAGCUCCCGUGCGCUGGCGCAGAUGCGGGACUCGUUCUUGCAGGUAUCGAGAGCGCAACAAGUCACGCCGCCGAGGACAGGGAUGUAUCGUGGGAAAGCUGGGGUUUGAAAAAGGGGAUGCGUGGGAUUAGAGUUGGCUGCGGUCCUGGCAAUGGAGGGAGUUAGGCAAAGGAGAAAGUUUGUCACAAAUACCUGCUUUUCCUAUCUACGCCGAGAACAGGGUACUUGAUUUGACUUUCAUGAGGCUCUGAUCGUAGAAGAGGGGAAAAGGGAGAACGGUUUUUAGAUACUGGGGGUAAUGCGGUUAUACAAAUUUAACUCUAGAGUGUCUCGGAGUGUCCAGGUUCACAUGUGAUGAUACCACAUAGGUAACAGCGUGGCGGAUGUCUCAGCCUUGUGUAAAGUAAGAUAGAUAUGCUGUGCUCGAUGAUUGAGGGGUUGGCAAUGAUUCAAUACCUAGGUAAUGUCUCGGGUAGCUGAAUGAUGUGGUGAUGGAAGUCUUGUGCGAGUUUUGGAGAAGCGGAUGUCACACUAGGUACAAUGCACUCUUACUGAGCAGGACAGGGCAGCGCGGGGGAGUUGGGGGAGGAGUGCUGUUGGCGAAUUUACUCGUACGAUUAGUUCAUUCUUAAUGAUUUCUCGAAGACUACCCAACCCGGAUACUAUGUACAGUAGGUACUGUACGUGAAGUAGAAGUUGGGACUGGACUCCCCCACGUGGCUUGGGGCGCUGAUCUGGGAUGCAUGCCCUGGAAAGAGCCGUUAGAGGGUUGGAAUGAUUGGUUGACCCCGCAAGCUGAGAACCGGA